AUGGCGAAGACCAAAUUCUAUGCCGCGUCCUAUCGAUUUCCAAAAACAUCAUCCACCUCGACGGCCAGAGAGACACGACAGGUCCCAAGCGAUGUACUGACCCUCCCGCUGUGCCGAAGGUAGAAACGGAAAGGCACAUGGAAGAUUGCCUGAGAUCAGACGAAGUCGAGAAAAGUACUCGGUACUCCCAUGUCUGAAGCGAGCUUUUCCCUCAACCACAAAGACUCCAACUCACCGCCACCCAUGAUCCAUCGUGAUGAUUGCCAUUGUUUCCGGAAAAAGUCGGGGCUUCAGACUUCGAGAGACUAGGCCAGUGAAAAAUUGUACAGAGCUCCAUACACUGCUUGGCGCGGUGUGCCCGCGUAUUUGCCUCUGUUUUCCUGGAUGCAGUUUCCCGACUUCCUAAACGUCUCAGCCCUACAGAAGCAAGGUGAGUCUCUCUGGUACCGAUAAGCUCAAAUUGAUCCCGAAGGCCCAAGAGCGUGCGGUGACCGAGUUCAGCGAUUUCGACCAAGGGGAUGAGAUGACCAGUGGACCAGACCCAAAGACCGCUCCACCAGCUUUACCUCCGUACAGAGUCGGCCCCAUCGUGCCCAAAACUUCCACCAGUGUUGAUCCUCGCUUCGACGGGCCCACUUCAGAGCGACGGCAUCCACCGGCGCUAGGAUUUUGGGAAUCAGGAGCAUUUCGUCGCUUCAACGUCGCCACUCGCGCGUCUAUCCUGGUGACAGAUCCCCGAGCAUUCCACGUUGCCCCCAGCAGGAAAAUCAGCGAUGGGUUUCACCAGCAAAUGGGAUGGAUCCUGUGA